GGAGAACGUGUUGGAAGCAGGGUGCUAAUUGCUUGGGAAACAAUAGAUUAUCCUUUUUGUAUUAACAAAGCACGUGCCUGGCGAUAAGACUACAAAACGGGGGUGCCGUGCAGGACUCGGUCAGAGCGCUAUCUGUGUUGUUAGCCAUGAUGUCUCUCUCACCGUUCACCCCACCAAUUGUCAAAAGAUUGCUGGGCUGGAAGAAGGGAGACCCCGAUAAAGACGAAAAGUGGAGCGAAAAGGCCGUUAAGAGCUUAGUGAAAAAGCUAAAGAAGACUGGUGGACUGGAUGAACUGGAAAAAGCAAUACGCACAACAGAUUCGGCGACAAAGUGCAUUACGAUUCCAAGAUCGCUGGAUGGCCGGCUGCAGGUGUCUCAUCGUAAAGGCCUUCCUCAUGUGAUCUACUGUCGUCUAUGGCGCUGGCCCGACCUCCAGAAUCAUCAGGAGCUGAGGGCUGUGGACAACUGUGAAUACUCGUUCCACCUGAAACGCGACGAAGUCUGUGUCAAUCCCUUCCAUUACACUCGCAUAGAACCACCAGUGUUACCACCGGUUUUGGUGCCUUGUCAGCCUCCCAGUGAUCUGCCCGAAGUCCGUCCCCCAUUGGAUGAUUACACCACCACAGUCCCCGAGAACACAGACUUCCCCGUGGGGGUGGGAGACAACUCAUUCAGUAUGCCAGAUACUCCACCCCCCUGCUACAGAAGUGAGGACGGCGAAAAUUCAAAUGAUAACAGUGGAUCAGAGGGUGUAGAUUUAUCUCCAAUUGCCAGUCCUGCUAUGGAUGUUCAACCUGUAACAUACAAGGAGCCAGUUUUCUGGUGCUCAAUAGCGUACUACGAACUCAACACCCGAGUGGGCGAGCCCUUUCAUGCUUCCCAGCCUUCGCUUACGGUAGAUGGUUUUACAGACCCGUCAAACUCGGAGCGAUUUUGUCUCGGCCUUCUCUCAAAUAUUAAUCGUACUCAGCAAGUGGAGACGACUCGCCGACAUAUAGGAAAAGGUGUCCGUCUGUAUUACAUCGGCGGUGAGGUGUUCGCAGAGUGUCUGAGCGAGAAUGCUGUGUUUGUACAGAGUCCCAACUGCAACCAGCGGUAUGGCUGGCACCCAGCGACAGUGUGCAAAAUACCACCUGGCUGUAACUUGAAGAUUUUCAACAACCAGGAGUUUGCAGCUCUCUUGGCUCAGUCUGUGAACCAGGGCUUUGAAUCUGUCUAUCAGCUAACCAGGAUGUGUACCAUCAGAAUGAGUUUUGUCAAAGGCUGGGGAGCAGAGUACAGACGUCAGACGGUAACCAGUACGCCAUCUUGGAUUGAGAUUCACUUGAAUGGCCCAUUGCAGUGGCUGGAUCGGGUUUUGACCCAAAUGGGUUCACCAGGGUUACCGUGCUCCAGCAUGUCAUAGUGCCAGCAGCGAUCUACGACUUUGAUUGGAUGAAACAUCCAAGGAAAUCUGCAUACCAAUUUUUCUACAUGUUAAUUGGCCAGUUGGAAUCGAUGCUCACCGGAAUGAUUUUUCUUUAAAUCAGUCAGAUACCCGGAUAUAUUACGAAUUUAAUAUCAAACAAGAAAUUCAAUCUUUGCUUUAAUAUCCAGAAAUGAUGAGCAUUUAAAAUUUGGUAAAAUCUAAAUUCAGUAGAUACAUGUACGAUUUCAUAUAAGCAAUUCAUGUAUUAUUAUAUAGCAAAGUAAAAGGUAUCCUUUUUUUUUUAAUCCUGAGUGCACAAUAACGGACAGAAAAUCUACGUGUAUACUACUGGUCAGUUGAUGAAAU